AUGGCGAGCUGGAGACGAUGGUCGGUAUGUGUGGCACUGGCCAUUGGGACGACGGCGCUGCUGGUCGCUGAGCAAGAGGUCUCGUCGGUCCAUGUCGAAGUUUUCACCAACUCGAUCGAAGAGUUUGCGGAAGAAGCGGCUUUCGACCGCAAAAACUGCGAGGUGCACAACGUGACGCUGCGUCAUCGGAGCUUGACGUACUAUGACGUCAACUCGUACGUGGCUUGCUCGAAUGGCCAGGCAAGCUGCUACUUGAUUGAACGUGUGCACGAGAAGGCGACGGAGGUGGCGUGUCCGACUGAGAACUUCCAGCAACGGAUCGACGAGGAGACUGCAUACCGAACGCAGGUAGCGAAGGCUCCAGUGGACGUUGCUGAAGAUGACGGUCGCCGUCGGUUAUCCCUCAUCGUGGUCUCAACGACUCGCACUUGGGACGGCGGUGUCGUGUGCUACGAAAUGAGUAGCGAGUUCCCGUUUCAACCCAAGCAGAAGAAGUACAUUCACCUGGCCAUGGGCAAGUACGAGAACAGUACGAACGUGCGUUUUGUGCCCUUAGCCACGUGUGAAAACGAGCGUCUUUCGUACUGUGACUCGUGUGCGAAUUGGGUGGACUUCAAGCACCCGACGAGCGGUCGGGACUGCAACUCGAGUAUUGGCAUUACGGACGAAGGUGCUCAGGUCAUGAACCUCGCGGAUCGGUGCUUUGUAGUAGACGACGAGCUCAAGACCGUGUACGGCUCGGCCAUGCACGAAAUCGGGCAUUCCAUUGGCUUGUACCAUGAACACCAGCACCCGAGCCGCAGUGUCGCUGUCUUUUGGGACGCGAUUGAACAGGGCAUCUGGAGCGAAUUGGCCAUUCGUGACGUCAGUGUGGGAGGUCCUUACGAUCAGGAGAGCGUCAUGCACUACCCAAUGUCGUACGGCUUUUGCCAACCGAAUUUCUGCAACAACUCGACUGUGAAGACCGAGUGUGUCGAGGAAGGCACAAAGUUCUGCAACUUGAACGACGAGGACGACGAUUGCGUCGACAUUACCAAGGACAUGUGCAACAAGACGGCCACGGAAGCCAUCGGGCAGCGAAAGGAUCUCAGUGCCGGCGACGUUGCUGCAAUCAACGAGCUCUAUCCGACUGCAGCCUGGCCGGUAUCGAAAUCCAAGAUUGGCGUCUGA